GGCAAGCGCAAACGCCACUUGGCACCGAGCAAGAAGACACGACUGCAGCUCUGUACGUGCGCUAGCUAGCUGUUUUACAAGCAACGCCAGCGCGCUCCACACCCCAGCGACCGACCGAGACGAUGUAUCCGGCGAAGCCCAGCGUGGCGGCGGCGUCGGCGCCGGUGACCGGCGUCCCCAUGGGCGGCCCGCCUGUCGCCGCCGGCAACGCCACCAGCCAGUGGUCCUCGGGGCUCUUCGACUGCUUCGACGACUGCGGGCUGUGCUGCCUGACGUGCUGGUGCCCGUGCAUCACGUUCGGGCGCGUCGCCGAGAUCGUGGACCGGGGCGCGACGUCGUGCGGGAUGAGCGGGGCGAUGUACACGCUGCUGGCCUUAGUGGCCUACCUCACGGGGUUCAGGUGCCAGUGGAUCUACUCCUGCACCUACCGCUCCAAGAUGCGCGCCCAGUUCGGCCUCCCCGAGACCCCAUGCUGCGACUGCUGCGUCCACUUCUUCUGCGAGCGUUGCGCACUCUGCCAGCAGUACAAGGAGCUCAAGGCCCGCGGCUUCGACCCCGACAUCGGAUGGGACCUCAACGCCCAGCGCGGCGCCGGCGCCGGACAAGCCAUGUACGCGCCGGCGGCACAGGGGAUGGGGCGCUGAUGGCCGCCGCAUCCCGUUCGCAAUUGUGUUUGCAGGGUAAAUUACAUGUGCAACUGCGUUUGUUUAAUUUCGUAUGGUGACGGACAAGGGUUAUUGUGAUUGUAAUGUAAUAAUGUCAGGAUUGGUACGACGGAGAGAUGUGUACUAUGUGACUGUGUGUGUUUAAUUUCUUUCGGUCAAAAAGAAAUGUGCAUGUAAACAUCAUCAAUUCAUCAGUACGGAGUGUACGUUCCAAUUUUUGUUACUACUGUAUUCCAUCAGUCCAUGGUUUGGAAUAAAAAGAAUGGCAAGCAAGUGGUUCGGAAGUCAAA